CGGCAGUGCACCUCGGAGUCAUGGUUCUCAAAACUGAGCUCUGUCGUUUCAGUGGUGCCAAGAUAUAUCCUGGGAAGGGUAUCAGAUUUGUUCGUGCUGAUUCACAGGUUUUCCUGUUUUCAAAUUCAAAAUGUAAAAGAUACUUCCACAACAAGCUGAAACCUGCCAAGCUCACUUGGACGGCAAUAUACAGGAAGCAGCACAAGAAGGAUUUAGCACAAGAAGCUGUUAAGAAGAGGAGACGUGCCAACAAGAAGCCAUACUCAAGAUCCAUAGUUGGUGCUACACUAGAGGUCAUCCAGAAGAAGAGAAGUGAGAAACCAGAAGUCCGAGAUGCUGCUAGGGAAGCUGCACUUCGAGAAAUCAAGGAAAGGAUCAAGAAGUCUAAAGAUGAGAAGAGAGCUAAGAAGGCUGAGGUGGUAGCAAAGUCACAGAAGUCUGGGAAGGGUAAUCUUCCCAAGGGAAAUCUGUCAAAAGGCCCCAAGUUGGGUGGUGGUGGUGGAAAGCGCUAAGCAGUGCUGUUUUCCCCCUUCCCAUCUUAUUACCAUUGCAUAACUUAAAGCAUUAGCUUGUACUAUUUCUGAUUCUCUAAGGUUCAUCAUUUCAUUCCAGUCUACUGAAAUUUUGUUUCCCAACUUUGAUUCUGAAGACCAUUAUCCUUUGCGUUUUUAUAACUCUGUACCUGUUGAUUGAGCUAUGGAUUUUAUUUUAUGAUAUUGUGGCCUUGUGGGUGUCCAAUUUUUCCAAAUGAUCCCACGGGCCCUUCAGGGAUUGGAUAUAGGCAUAUAGCCAUCUGAUUUAAUUUCACUUUUGUUCUGGGUCUUAGCCCUCUUAGAGUCUUGCUAAGGUUUAACCCUCAUAAUUCCUGUUAGAGAGUGGCUGGACUGUUUUCGGUUCCAAGCUAGACUUAAAUAGACUAUGAGACUUUUAUAGUUAUGAAAUACUUAGAGAGCAAACAUUCAUCAG